AUGACUGGUUGUCUUACUACUUGGGUCCUCGCAGCUGUAAGACGGAAUAUUCAAGAAUUUUAUCUGGAUAUCUCUGCUGUGAAAAUAUCCAGGUUUCCUCAAUGUCUUUUUACUUGCACUUCAUUGAUUAAGUUGGAAUUAAUACUGGGUGGUAAUUCAAGUAUUGUCAUUCUACCUGCUUCUAUGGAUUUGCCUAGACUUACAUUUAUGAAACUAGAUUCACUUCCUUCCACCGAUGUUAACUCGACCAAUAAGCUCUUCUCAAAAUGUCCUGUUCUAGAAUGUUUGAUUAUUGAAGGUCGUCUUGGUCAUAUGGAUCUUCAAAUUUCUUCUUUAACACUUAAACACUUGCAUAUACUGGAUUCCGUUAGUAAAACCUCAAGUAAAGUCAAGAUAGAUGCUCCGAAUCUUGUAACCUUCAAGUGCAGAGAUUAUAUGUCGAAAUUAUAUGUUUUAGAAAACGUUGCUUCUCUAGUUACUGCUGAUAUGGACAUGAGAGCUACAAAAGAAGAAGUUGCCAAAAUAAAAGACUAUGCAAAAAAUAAUUGGUUGCUCCUCAAUGCACUUUCCAGUGUGAAAGAACUAAGAGUAACGGAGGGUUUCUUGUGCAUAUGUAAGGUUGGCUCUAUUGUUUCUGCCAAAGUUUCCCUUCAGUUUUCUAAUCUACGAUUCGUCAAGCUGGAAACAUUCUUAACAAGAGCCGGCAUUCGAGCACUAGGAUGGUUAUUCUAUAUGUCUUCUAAUGUAGAAAGUCUUUCGGUGAUGCCAACGUCGGACAUACCCGACAGUGAAGACUAUUGGGCUGGAGUGUCGCCUGAUCAUCUUAGGUCUGUUGAAAUUCGAGGUCUCAGAGGACACUUUAAUAAUGAGCUGAAAUUUGUGGAGAUUGUGUUCAAGAAGGCUGUAAUCUUGGAGAAUAUGGUUCUUUUUAGUUGUAAGAAAUCCAUGACGGAUGAGCGCCUAAUUACAUUUCGUGAGAAGCUACCAACACUUCCAAGGGCGUCUUCAAAUGUCGCAACCUUUUUGAUUUAA